GAGGACAACGUGAUUCUCGUUAUAAUUUACCCGAAAUCUCGUGUUCCUCUUCCUUUUCACGGUCGUCCAUUUUAACUAAGAUUUUCUUAGAAUAAAGAAAGGAUUAUGCAGAACGAAGCAGGUGAAUUCGUGGAUAUGUAUAUCCCAAGGAAAUGUUCAGCCAGUAACAGCAUUAUUGCUGCCAAAGAUCAUGCUUCUGUACAAAUAAACAUUGCUGAAGUUGAUGUUACUACAGGCAGAAUGACAGGUUCAAACAAAACAUAUGCUAUUUGCGGGAAGAUUCGACAGAUGGGUGAAUCUGAUGACAGUAUUUGCCGUUUAGCAAAAAGGGAUGGAAUUAUUGCAAAAAAUUAUUGAAUAUGGCCUGCCAAAUAGAAAAUAAAAUUAUAAACUAAA